AUGGUUUCUGGAGUUGUACGUGUUGUCUCGUUCUCGAUCCUUGGUCUUGGAGGAUUUCUGACGCUGUUUGUAAUGUACUAUCAAUCAGCUCCAUCUCAGAUCUGCCCUCCCCAACCUGCUUUGCCACGUCAUUACUCAAAGCCACCUGAGAACAGUUCCUUGUCUAAGAAGCAGCCAGAACCAGACAAGCCCAUCAUGCUGUUGUGGUUCUGGCCUGAAAACCGCAGGUUUGAUUUUAGCGAUUGCACCACUUUCUUCAACAUUGAUGGCUGCCAACUGACAGAUGACCGGUCUCUGUACAACAAGGCAGACGGGGUGCUCAUCUUUCACAAAUCCAUCAACCACGAUUUAUCCAACUUGCCUCCAUCACCUCGACCACCAUUCCAGAAGUGGAUCUGGUACCAUGUGGAAUCACCUACAAACACAAUUAGGAUACCUGGUCUAGAGAACCUUUUCAACUUGACCUUGAGUUAUAGGGAAGAUGCAGACAUCCCUGUGCGUUGGCGCUUAACUGCAAGGAAAGGCCAGGGUGAGGACUUUGUGCUGCCCAAGAAGGAUAAAUUAGUUUGCUGGAUUGUGAGUAACAAUAACCCUGCAACUGGAACAGCAGUAAGGGAUAACUAUUACAGAGAACUUGUCAAACAUAUUAAGGUGGAUCUUUUUGGAAAAGCCUUUGCAAGAUUCUUGAGAUAUGAGGACUACUACUCAACACUCUCCAGCUGUAAGUUCUACCUCUCCUUUGAGAACUCAGUCCACAGAGACUACAUCACUGAGAAGCUUAACGGACCACUUGCAGCAGGAACUGUGCCAGUAGUAUUGGGCCCACCGAGACAGAACUAUGAGGACUUUGUCCCGGGAGAUUCCUUCAUCCAUGUUAAUGACUUUCCCAAUGCAAAAGCCCUGGCUGAAUUCCUCCUGAAGUUGGACAAGGAUGAGGAGGCAUAUCUGCGCUACUUUCAGUGGCGUAGAAACUUAUUUGCUCAGCAACAUCUAAUUCAACUGAGUCAAGAGUUCAUCCAAUCUAUUUGUUAUGCCUGUGACCAUAUAGGCAAACAUAAGGAGUACAGGGUUGUUCACGAUCUUUACAAAUGGUAUUUGGUUUAAUUAGUCUCUUCUGAUUAGCGUUUACCAUCACUGGUGUACCCCCCCCCUCCCCCCAGAUAGAAUAUGAA